AUGUCAUCAUAUGUCGAUGUUGGCCUUGCAACAAUUCAUGUCCUGGUGGCGAUGAUGAUGGUUGUCGAUGCCACGGGAUUGGCGCUUGUCCCCUGGGAUCGACUGUCCGUUCUCAUUGUCGUUGGCGUUGCUUGGUUCUUUAAGUUCUUCAUUUCCUCCCGUUCUCACACGCGAUCUGUGUUGUUAACUGAGUACCGCCGAAUUGAUCGACAUAGGCUCAACACCACUUCCACACCAUCUCAAAUGCUACUCGCAAUUGUACAUCUAUUCGUCGUAUUUGGUGGCUCUAUUCCAUACGUAUUUCAAUAUGCGGAAAUCCAUCAUCGACGAAACGCCCAGGGCUUUUCCCUAUUCGUAUGUCUCGCAUUAUGCAUUGCGAACAUCCUUAGGAUACUUUUCUGGUUUGGUAAACGAUUCGAUUUGGCAUUGUUGGCUCAAAGUAUUGUGAUGUUCAUAUGCAUGAUCUUUAUGUUGGAGAUCGCUGUCAGAAUGAAUAAGAAACAUACACCAAAAGCUCAACGGAAAUCCAUAUUAAGAGGUGAUUUCUUGAAUGCAUUCUGGGCAUGGCACGAUUUGACGAGUUUUAUUAUUGCACUGGCUGCGUUCACAUCGUUUUGGUCUGUACUUACCGCAGCACUAAUCCAUUUUCAAUGGUAUGUGGAGGCUCUUGGAAUGGUCUCGUUGCUUGUCGAAGCAAGCCUAGGCGCUCCACAAUUGAUACGAAAUUGGCAGCGAAAGUCCACGCAAGGAAUGAGCAUACCUAUGGUUUUGGCGUGGCUUUGCGGAGAUCUUGCUAAAACGGGAUACUUUGUCGCUACUGGUAGUCCAUUGCAGUUUUGGGUUUGCGCCAUAUUACAGAUCUCAAUCGACAUAUUCAUCCUUGGCCAAGUGUUUGUGUACCGGAAGAACACUGGCAGUUCAGAGUUACCGUACAGCUCGAGUUCACCAGUUCAUUCAGUAGUGACCGGCGGCAAGGAAAAACCAACGAUGAGCAGAGAAGCAACGAAACGCUACGAGACAAUCAAACAUCUCGGUGAAGGGCAGUUUGCCAACGUCUACAAGGCGAAAGAUAAAGAAACGGGUGAUUUUGUAGCUAUAAAGAAGAUCAAAUUAGGAUCCAGAGCUGAAGCAAAGGAUGGAAUUAAUAGGACAGCAUUGAGAGAAAUCAAAUUACUACAAGAGAUUCAUCAUGAUAACAUUAUAGGACUACGCGAUGUUAUCGGAUCCAGAACUAAUAUACAGCUAGUUUUUGACUUUAUGGAAACAGAUCUUGAGCAUGUUGUCAAAGAUCGAGACAUCAUUCUAAUGCCUCCACAUAUCAAAAAUAUGGCUAUGCAGACAUUGCUUGGCCUGGAGUAUCUGCAUGCGCACUGGAUUCUUCACAGGGAUCUGAAACCUAAUAACUUAUUGAUGAAUAGUGCUGGCCGUAUAAAAUUGGCCGAUUUUGGUUUGGCACGGUUUUUCGGCUCUCCUAAUAAGGUUUAUACUCAUCAGGUUGUCACUCGUUGGUAUCGUGCUCCGGAGCUAAUUUGGGGAGCACGCGCCUAUGGGACUGGAAUAGAUAUGUGGGCUAUCGGUUGUAUAAUCGCUGAGCUUUUACUGCGGGUCCCCUUAUUCCCCGGUGAGUCAGAUCUGGAUCAGUUGGUCAAAAUUGGUCACAUACUUGGGACACCAUGCGUUGAAGAUUGGCCAGCGAUGGUGAAUCUUCCAGAUUAUAUUGAGAUGAAAGAACAACAAGGAAUCAAUCUUCGUCACGUUUUUACCGCAGCCGGUGAUGACUUGAUCGAUUUGCUCCUUGGUUGCUUCCAUUACGAUCCGUUGAAGAGAUUUACCGCCUCGGAUGCAUUACAGUGCCCGUAUUUCACUAAUGAACCGUUGUGUUGUCUGGACGAGGAACUACCGUUACCGGCUCGUGCCGGUGGAGGUCCACAGAUGAAACGUCGCCGAUUACGAGACGAAUCACCACCUCGCUUGAAUUUGUGA